AUGAAGGGGUGCACCUGGGUAUUUGUGGCAACUUUACUUUGUCAGCAGUUUUGCCUCUUCAGAGUUACAGCAGCAAAGAGAGAGAGAAAGAUGAGGAAAGAACCUAAUCAGUACACAGAGCCUUUCAAUGCUACCCUCUCAAACAGUGAAGAGCUGCAUGGGCAUCCCAAGAUCCUAGAGUCUCCAGAUCCUCGAAUCACCGAUCCACGGCGGACCUGGAUCUCCUUUGUUCACCGCCCGGAUGAUGGCAAUACCUCUAAAAGGAGAUGCAAAGGGAAAGACAAGAAAUUACGUGGCCUUGUUGGGCCCCCAGGACCUCCUGGCCCCCAGGGACCUCCAGGAGCCCCUGGUGCUGAAGUCACCCGGGAAGUCCUUCUGCAGGAGUUUAAGGAGAUAUUAAAAGAAGCUGUUGAGCGUCGAGCAUCCCUGGCUAUUUCAGCCCAUCCUAGCCAGCUGCCUCCACUCCUGCUCUCCUUGGAGGAAGUUUCGCCCCACAGACGCGUAGAAGAGGCAUUCCAUUGCAAGCUGAAAGGACAAGUCGUUGUAGAUAAGAAGACCCUGGUAGAACUUCAGAACUUCCAGUCGCCUCUGGCCAAAGGAGCUUUUCUCCGGGGGACAGGAUUAAAUCUGGCAACAGGACGUUUCACAGCACCUGUUUCUGGCAUCUACCAGUUUUCAGCCAAUGUCCACAUUGACCACAGUGAGUUGAAGACUAAAGUCCAGCUCCGAGCCAGAGAUAAUGUCCGAGUGUUGAUCUGCAUUGAGUCUCUGUGCCACCGAUACACGUCUUUGGAAGUCAUCGCUGGUCUGGAAAGUAACAGCAAAAUCUUCACUGUCUACGUACAUGGCUUACUGCAGCUGCAGGCUGGCCAGUACACCUCCAUAUUUGUGGACAACAGCGCUGGAGCUCCCGUCACCAUUCAGAAUGGAUCAGAUUUCAUGGGCAUGUUCAUGGGCGCGUAACACCAUCUGCAGCAGGGAAGGAGAUGAAUUGGAGCCUUGCAGUGUCUAUUUGACUGAAGAAACCUUUACUUUGACUCUUGAAGACUUCCUGUAACUGUUGGCAUCUUUUUAAACAAGCAAAGAGCCUUUCCUUUCACAGAUUCUUCAGCUUGCUUUCAGAGGCUACUGCUUUUCAAGGUCCACACCAGUUCAUUCA